AGCCUCGCCCUAGCCGCCUCCGCUGCAGGAAUGCCUCUGGAUGCAGGGUUGCGUAGCAAAAGUGUUCCCCUCGCAGGACCCUGCGCCCACAACUAUGGGUUGUUUCCAUAAUUGAUCUAGACCCACAACCAAAGACAGCGACAGCCCCGGAUACAAUGUGGGUCAUUGGCGUUGGCCUGUGUGGUCGAAUGGUGGCGUUGGCCUUAUAUGUUGAUCAAAGAUUUGCAUGUCGAUGCAAUUCAAUCUGCGGCUGGCUGCAGGUAGACGCAAAGUCGUGUUUACAGUUCAUACGGGGCGCCCCUAGACAGAUGCAGCAAGUUGGACCGUCGCUACUGGCAGCAGCGUCCGAACCGUUGACCUUCAGGCCACAACUGAUGUACACAUUGUUCACUGGCGUUGGCGCGGUCAACGCUGAGCCGCGCCGUGGUCGGUCUCCGGUGAGCGUCGUAGCUGUAAGAUGAUACGAAAACACAGGUAGACAGGCGACUACGGCGGAACGUGAGCGAGAGAGUGGAUGCCUGAACUUGGCCUGGC